AUGAGCGUCGUCCUGGUUUCUUGGCUUCGGCGGCGGCGGAGGGAGGAGCGAGGUCCUGGUCGAGCUGGUGGAGCAAGUGCUCGAAGGAGCGGGCGAAGGGCUCGCCCGUUGCCGGUGGGCGCGGUGGAGGCCGUUGGCGGCAAAGACAUGUCGGUGGUGGGCCGGGAGGAGGCCAUGAGGAAGGGGCCCCUUCACCGCCUGAGCUCGGCCUGCCACCUCACUCCCUCGGCCAGACUCGCUGACCCCCACCGAGGCCAUCGCCUCCUCCAUCCACUGCCACAAGCUCGCGACCUCCGACCACCCGAGCCUCCCCCCACUAUCCCUGCUCCUCCCAUCACCUCUGCCUCGCUCUCCCCCAUCUUCCGCCGCUUCCACUGGGCAGGAUCGACCUUAUACUCGCCGUUCUAUACAGAAGUCGGAGAAGAAGGUCAUCCCAUCGAGUUCUCGCAAUCCGCAACACAACAAGUGUCAUCCCAAGAAACACCGACCACAAAGAAGAAGAAGGCUUACACGCGGUCCGAAAAUUGGACUGUCCACGAGGAUAAGCUUCUUGUGUCUGCUUGGCUGAACACGAGCCAAGACGCCAUCCAAGGUACGGGGCAACACAAAGAUAAGUUUUGGCACAGAGCUAACAACUACUUUAUCCAAUACUCUGUCGAUCCAACGAGUCGCACGCCAAACCAAAUGAUGCAUCGUUGGUCAACGAUUCAAUUGUCCGUCAACAAAUUUUGUGGGUGCGUUGCUCAGAUUGAAGGAAGACAAAGAUCUGGUACGGGAAUUAUUGACCAGACUGCAGAAGUAAAAGAAUUAUACCAAUCCCUUUAUGGUAAGCCAUUCGUGUUUGACCAUUGCUGGGUUGAGUUGCGUCAUCACCAAAAGUGGAGCCAACAAAUGGAAAAUUACAAUAAGAUUCGAUCACAGCCGAAAGAAACAAGAUGA